AUGGAGGGCGGCGGCGCUACCAUGGAAUCUGAGAUGAAGCCCGGAGGAGUAUGGUCAAAUCUGAUAUUUACUUUUGACUCUGUAAAUUGUUUGAAAGCCGUGCUGAAUGGAGAAACCAAGAGAUUUUUGGAAUUCAAUGGUGUCAAUGCUGUUCCGUGGGUGGACAGCACUGAAGACCUAGUUCCUAUAUUGCAUAAGGCAGCUGGCUACGGAGCCCUUGAGAUCACGAAAUUGUGUCUCCCAGGAAAUGAGGAUCAACUCAACCUCAGAGUCGAUAUUGAUCUUGAUCCUGUUGGCAUUAAAGGUGCCCUACCCCUGAAUUUAGCAGUCGAAACCCUCGCACGGUUCAGUAGAUGGAGAUCAGACUCAAUUCCAAUGGAACCACAGGUGCUCCUUCACCAGUUGAUUUUUCAUACUGCUCGAUUUCAGAGCGAAGACUGCCUGAAUUGA